CGUCUUGGCCUAGCGACGUCCCUCCACCUUAGGACCAAGAUGUCCACGCAGACGCAAACCAAGACGGAGACAUUUGUCCUCCAAGCUAGACCUUCAGCUGAACCGACUUCGGAGGAACCGACUAUCCUGCAGGAAUCAGAAGUCGAACAACCAACACAGCCAAAAUGGCAGUAUCCCAAGAUCCUCAGCGCCGGUUUUUCAUUCUUCGUGGCUGGGAUAAACGACGGCAGUCUCGGAUCCCUUAUUCCCUACGUGAUACGCAGCUAUUCAAUUGACACGAACAUGGUCGCUAUUCUAUACGGCGUAACAUUCUUCGGCUGGCUCUUCGCCGCUGUAUCCAACAGUUUCAUCUGCCAACAUCUCGACCUAGGCAUGAUCCUCCUCCUGGGAGCCUUCCUCCAAAUCCUCGCCCACGUCCUACGCACCUGGCUCCCUCCCUUCCCCCUCUACGCAGUAACAUUCUUCUUCGUAAGUCUGGGCCAAGCAUACAACGACACGCACGCAAACACCUUCGUAACGUCCGUCCGCGGAGCCCAUCGCUGGCUCGGCUUUAUCCACGCCAUGUACAUGGGCGGAUGUCUAGUCAGCCCCUUCGUCGCGACGGCUGUAGCAUCGGCCAACACACCGUCCAAAUGGAAUUUAUUCUACAUUUUCCCGCUGGGAAUUGGAGUUAUUAAUAUGGUUAUCGUGAGUGUGGCGUUCCAUGAUCGGAUGCUCGUGUCGAAGAAGAAAGCGAGACUCGAUACGGCUGAGGGUGAAACCGAGUCGAAGGGGAGAACUGCGUGGAAGGAAAUCAAGGCUACGCUUUCUUUGCCGGGGGUGUGGCUGUUGAGUCUGUUUUUCUUUUUCUUCCUCGGUGCAGCUAUUACUGCCGGUGGAUGGAUUGUCGAGUACCUCGUCAAGGUCCGCAAUGGAGAUCUUAAAGACAUGGGUUACGUCCCGGCUGGAUUAUCUGGGGGUGGAUUUUUGGGCCGUCUCCUUCUUGCAGAGCCGACGCAUCGGUUGGGAGAGCGUCGGAUGAUAUUCAUAUACGCCAUUUUGUGUGUUGGAUUGCAACUUGUGUUCUGGCUGGUUCCGAAUAUCAUCACUGAAGCCGUUGCCGUGAGUUUGCUGGGCUUUUUCUCCGGUCCCUUCUUCGCGACUGGCAUCUCCGUUGGAUCCAAGAUCUUCCCUCCAGAAAUAGUCUCCUCGGCAAUCGCAUUCGUCUUCGUCCUCGGCCAAAUUGGCGGGUCCAUAUUUCCCGCUGUCACCGGUGUCAUCGCCGCGGAGGUCGGUGUCAAGGUUCUACAGCCAAUGUUGGUAGGACUAUACGCUGCGGCGGGAAUCAGCUGGCUAUUCCUCCCAAAGGAUCUUGAGCUUCAUAGGGACUAG